AUGGAACCCGCCAACGUUUGCAGUCGCUGUGCUUUGCCAGUGCCACGGUUCUUAGCCAUCGCGAGCAAGUUUACGUGCCUGAUGUUGCAGCCCGGAAUGCUGGGAGCGAGAAUUACUCGAUACCGUACCCCUCGCUGUUUCGCCGCCGCCGCCUCGCCGCCAACCGUCGUUUCCGAUAAGCGGGCGUCGUCUCCUCCUCCACCAUCUUCCCUCGAUCAAUCACCAGUUUAUCCACCCACAUCCACUCACUCCAUCAGCAUCAUCCAUCCAUCAACCACCCUUUUGCAUCGCCUCGCUCACGCUGCGCUGCCCCUCUCCUCGAUCGCCGGCUCCACCCAAUUGUACUUUACUGCCUCUCCUGUCCCUCGCCCGGCAGCCCUAUCGCUCGUCUUCCAUCAUCCUCGUCCAUCGCACAGACUGUCGCACCCUGUUCCUCGACCGCUGCCGACUAUUUAUUAG